UUCAGUUCCCGAUUGCGCUACUGAAUCUCUAUUUUUUUGCGAUGAAUAAUCUCUAAAUCUUCUUCUGGUAAGCUUAAUUUCUAGCCUGGAUUCUAAGAUUUCGAGAUUCCAAUAUUUGAUUUGUGGGUGUGGAUUUCUCGACCAGCAGCGAGAUUUGACUUGUCCGGUUGCCUGAGAUUCAACCAGCAGCGAGUUCUCCCUCUUGCCAGAGAUUCCGUCGACCUUGGACGCCGGUGUGUAAUUAGUGAGAAGUCUUGGUGCUGCUCCUUCUUUGACCAACAUCGCUGCCGUAUUCUCUGGAUCUUCCUCUGGUACUCUCUCUAACUUAAAUUUCAAGCCUUAUUUAUUUCUCAAAAUGCAAAGUUGGAAUUAGGCCGAAGUGAAUCAGCAAAGAGAUUUGAUUUUGUUAUUGUUUUCUUCAAUCGUUUCACUUCUCGAUUUAGGGAUUUCGUCUACUUGUGUGAGUCCGUCCCUCUUCUCUUUCGUUAAUUCACUGCUCGCACUAAUAAUAGAUAGGUUUUACCGCUUUUCUGCAUUGAGUUCUAUGAUGUUUUCAAGAUGUACAACCUUCCUUGGCUCAUGUUUUGAUUAUGUUUUAGCUAAUGUGUUGUUUGGUAGCUGAGAAUAUCGUAUAAUAAGAAGGAGAAAUUUGGUAUGAAAGAGCAUGUUCUCUAUAGACUAUACUCCUAUUGUUGUGCUUGAGCUUGAUUGUUCAGAGGAUGCAUUUGACUUCAUCUCGAUAGCUUUGUAUAUGAAGUUCCUUCAUUUGUGUUACUUUUAUAAUUAACUAAAGUUCACUAUUGAAAGCUGCAGCCUACAAAAUUUGACAUGGAAGAGAAACUGAUAGAUAGAUACUUUUCCUAGCUAUAUGCCUGCUAAAGUUCUGGUUUUUUUAUUGGUUUCUAAGUAGUUGGCGAAUGAAUUUGUCUAUAUGCAGAUGUAUGGAGCUGUCAGAUUAGCCAGAGCUUGCUGAACUGAAGCUGGUAAGUCAACUUAAUCCAACACUCAGUUCAACUUAAAGCCUGAGCUUGCAUACUUGUUCAAUCUGUUAAUCUGCUAAGCAGGGAAGUUAACUAAUUAAUACCGAAUGUUGGUGUGUAAAUGGGUAGUGAGUAUAGAAAAUAUCAUUUUUCUUCAAAACAUAGAUUCUGAGAUACUUACGCCAAUGUACCAAAUAAUAGAUAGAUAUUGUAACAUCCCAUUUCGGUCAAACCCAUAUUUCGAUCGCUAGAAGGUUCGCGAUUUAAAAUCGAGCGUUUUGAUAGUAUUUCGACGAAAAUCGAAUUAUCAAUCGAUCGAAUAAGUAUACGUAUUAAUUAUAUAUAUAAUUACAUUUAAGCGGUCACAGACCACUAUAUAAAUCCCUCUCCCCCAUGUCAUUAUUUUUCCAGAAACUAUUUCCCAUUCCUUUUCCAUUUCACUCUCCCAAACCAGAGCGAACAGAGAACGUAGAGCCAACUUGGUGGAAAUUUUCAGAGCUUAGUUUUAGAGCUCUACUGAUCCAAAAAUCCCGUAAGUAAUGUCUAAUUCAUCUAUACAUCGUGAUUUAUUGAUUUAGAGCUUUAAAACGAGUUUUUGGUUCAGGAAUUUCUUGAAUUCCCGAUAAGCCAAAUUAGGGUUUCGGAGUAUCCGGAAGCCGGAUUGAGCCCAAAUUUCAUAUACGAGCUUCCUGCAUCGAAGUAAUUAAUCCUGUAGUUCUAAUUCAUGAAUUUCGGCUAUUAUAUAGGUCGGAUCCGGAAUCGCUGAAUUUAACUCUGGCUACGGUUUGAUGUGUUUUUAACGAGAAUUUGAUCUGGAGCCUUGAACUAACAUUGAUGGGGACACUGCAGGGGAUAUUAGGACGGUCUUGGAUUUUCAUUCUGGCUUCGUUCGUGAAAUUGAAGUUUUAGUGCGGGAGGCUAAAACCGGUAUUUGAACGACCAGAACUGGUGAGGGAUUAGCACGGCAUACCGGGUUUGUCGUAUCAUGAUAAUUAAAUUGAUGCUUAAAUUGACCUAGGUGAAUUAGAAUGACAUGAUUAGGGGUGUAUGGAAUUUAUCCUAUAUGAUGAACCAUGGAUUGUUGGAUGAUAUUAUUAACUUGCCCUAUCCGAUAUUGACCUUGUUUAUGUUGAUGAUUGCAGACAUGUAGCCAUUUGUGGCUUAACCGUUGAUAUGACUUCAUAGUUAUUCGAUCAGGUGUUUUGACAGGAUGUGAUAUUGUGGUUGUAUUUUGAUUCACAAGUGGGGGAAAUAAACUUCCCAGAGUGAUAUUAUGAUGUUUAAGGAGGAUGACUUGCACGAGGGUUUAUCCCGAGGAAGUGCAAUUAUACGACUCCUAAUUUACCUAUGUUGAGCCAAUUUUGGCCAGGUCAAGUAUAUGUGCAAGUAAUGAAUUAUGAUUAAGCAAGAUGAUAUAUGAAUCAUGUAUAAAGAUACCAAAUAUGAGUGUUGUGGUCUCACGGUCAACUACAUAGUAAUUAGGGCUCCCUAUGCUAUUACUCUAUUAUGUUAUGUAUGAUAGUCACACCUCUCAUGUGGGGGUGACUGAAGAAUUAUUACGAGAUAUGACCACACCCAGAGCGGUGUCGGGGUAUGACUACACCCAUAGUGGUAUGGGGUAUGUAUGUCCACAUCCGACGAGAUGUUGGGGUGUGUAUGACUGCAUCCGACGGGAUAUGGGUAUGUUUCCCGGGAGAGUUAUUAGCAUGAGAGUAGCCUAUAAGUCAAACAUGAUAAGACGUAGAUGCAUAAGUCAAGGUGGUUGUGUCUUUUGCCCAUUGGGAUAUGAGGAUGGCUGAGGUCCGAUCCUAGUGUUUUGGCUUGAUUGCUAAAUGUAUGGUAGAGGUAUGCUUUGUUAUGAACUCACAAUGGAAUGAUUGUCUCACUCAGCCAUGAGCUGACCCUCUUUAUCAUUCUUCUCUGCUUAUGCCAUGUGUAAGCAGAUCAUCAGCAUCAGCAGCAGUAGAUAGGUGUAUAAGUGGAAGCUGAGCAAGAUUUGAAGGAAAGUUGAGGUAUGGUCUUCAACUAUUCUGUGCUUGGACUACUACUUGAGAUUUUGGCCAGUGAUCCGCGCCUCUUUUGUAAAAAUGUUUUGAGAACGUUUUUAAUGUGCAUACUAGCUUCUGAUGCAGUGUGAGAUAUCCACAGGUGUGGAAAGUUGAUUAUAUGUGUAUAGGUGUGUGGUGGUGUAUGUAGUGACGAUUAUGACAUUUAUAAGUAUGGUAUGUAGUUGCAGAGCCAAUGCAUAUGGUUGUGAGUAUAUAUGUUUGUCUAUGGAUGCAUGGACUCAGAUGAAUUCUUUUGCAGGGUUAGAUGGAAGAACUGUUAGCCCAUUACGUGAGUAAUUCAUGUCGAAAUUUUAUUUGGGUAAAUUUUGGUAAUUAAUGUAACACCAGUUUUAAAUUCCGCUGCAAUCGUAUGAACAAUAUGAUUAGGCAAAAUGUAAAGGGUAGGGUGUUACAGUUUGGUAACAGAGCUGGUUUGUUUUCUGCAUUAUGGGUAUGUUACUUUCGCUGUUGAGGACUGAUCACCCUCGAAAGGGGAAGGAGUACUCCAUACAUGUACUUGCACUAAACUUUCCAGGAAUUGGAUCAAAGUUGAUGACGUGUUGCAUAGUCAGUUGCAUAUGGUCAAACAUGAUUUUGAGUGUUUGAAGUAAUGUUGAAAAUUUUAUGGUUUAAGAGAUUUAUGAAAUAUGUGGAAAUUUUAUCUUGUUGUCCUAGUAAUGAUUUUGAAGAAAUUUUUGUUACAACCAAGUGAAUAACUUGAUUAGACACAAAUGGUGUGUGGAUCAAACAAAGGCCAAUGUUUCCUUGUAGUUUGCACAGAAGUACUUUUAGUAUUACUACUUACCGAUCGAGAAGCAUGGAGGCUAGCUUUGCAAGGCUGUUGGUUUUUGACUCUCUACCAAACUAACAAGUUAUGAUGGUUGAGUUUUUAAUGGAGAUAUGAUUCUUGAUGUUGUGGUGGCUAGGUUAACAAUCUUGCUUAGUAAGUUAUGUUUUGAACUUGUUGAUGUGCUUUUGUUGUGAUAACCCGUUAUAGGUUUGAAACCUAAACAUGGGAACUUGAGGUGAUAUGUGUUUACUUAUGUACUUCAGAUCCCUUAACAUAAGAGUUGGGUAGUAACAAUAUAUGUGGUGGUAUAAGUUAGGAGGGUAACGUAGGGAUGCGUAGUAUCAACUCAAGGAUAGAUUUCGGGGACGAAAUCUUUUAAGGGGGGGGGGGGGGGGGGGGGGAGAGAAUUGUAACAUCCCAUUUCGGCUAAACCAAUAUUUCGAUCACUAGAAGGUUCGCGAUUUAAAAUCGAGUGUUUUGAUAGUAUUUGACGAAAAUCGAAUUAUCAAUCAAUCGGAUAAGUAUAC